AUGUCCGAACCCACAUCUGAAUCCUUGAAGACCUCUCGUUUCACCUACCGACACUUGCAAGGACUGCGACACGGAUCCACGGCAACGCCCCUGCGCGUGAUUGCGCAUAUCGACCUCGAUGCCUUCUAUGCGCAAUGUGAGAUGGUGCGCCUGGGGACACCGCGCGAGACACCCCUGGCAGUACGACAGUGGGACUCUUUGAUAGCCAUCAACUAUGCGGCACGGCCCUUCGGAAUCACACGGUUGAUCAAUGUCGCUGAAGCCCGGAAACUCUGUCCAGACCUCGUCCUACAACAUGUUGCAACAUUUCGAGAAGGAGAGGGAGGACGAUGGGCGUAUCGAGAUGACUCUUUCAAGAAUAUUCAAACGGACAAAGUGUCGCUGGACCCGUACCGCGCAGAAUCCCGGAAAAUCCUCCAGACGAUGAAAGACGCCCUGGCUACCUGGAGUACAAAUGAUGCGGAAGGUGAAACUCUGCGUCAGACACCAGGGGUUUCGGCUGGCUUGGAGAAAGCUAGUAUAGAUGAGGUCUUCAUUGAUAUAUCUCCCGUGGUCUUCAAGGUGCUUCUUGAGAGAUACUCAGAGCUUCGGACGGGUGUCCAAGAUGAGAACCGGGAUACGCAGCUUCCCAUACCUCCAACUACAGCCUUGCAAUGGGACACAGAUUGCCUGAUUGACCUAAAUAACAAUGAAAUGGAAGAGGAUGACCCAGAUUGGGACGAUAUCGUUAUGUUGAUAGGAUCUGAGAUUGUGAGGUCGGUUCGGAACGCGGUCUGGGAGAAGCUCAGCUACACUUGUUCCGCGGGACUUGGCCGGAACAAAAUGAUUGCAAAGCUGGGAAGUGCUUGCAACAAGCCUAACCUGCAGACUAUCGUACGAAAUAGGGCCGUGCAGAACUUCAUGAGCAGUUACAAAUUCACUCAGAUCAGGAUGCUCGGUGGUAAACUAGGUGAACAAAUUACGGAGGCGUUCGGGACGGAGAAAGUGAGCGAUUUGCUCAAUGUGUCACUUGAGCAACUCCGUGCCAAGCUAGAUGACCAUACGGCAUCUUGGCUCUACGGCAUUAUCCGCGGAGAUGACCGCAGCGAGGUCAACCCUCGAACCCAGAUCAAGUCUAUGCUAUCAGCAAAGUCUUUCCGGCCGAGUAUCAGGUCAGUUGACCAAGCGGAGAAGUGGCUUCGCAUUUUCGCCGCUGAUAUCUAUGGCCGGCUGGUGGAGGACGGCGUGCUUGAAAACAGACGCCGCCCCAGGGUUAUUACUCUGCAUCACCGAACCUCUCAGCCUCAACCUCAUUCCAAACAGACCCCAAUCCCAGCAUCGAGUACUAUUGACGAGACCCUGCUUUUCGACCUGGCGAAUAAUCUGCUUCGUCAAGUUGUGGCUGAGGGACAGGCAUGGCCAUGCUCCAACCUGUCAUUGAGUGUCGGGAGCUUCCAAGAGGGCGUGACUAAUAACCGGGCUAUUGAAAGCUUCCUGCUUCGCGGUGAUCAAGCAAAGGCUUUGACUCAUGUUUCAAGACCCCGAGAUGCCGACACCCCUCCUACUGAGCAACCAACUGAGAAACGGCGGAAGCUUGACGACGAGAGGAUAAAGCAAUUCUUCGGAAAACCAUCCUCUCCGGAAACCACCGGUGCAAGUGGAUCAGAAAUCCCACAACCACCUCUCGAAGCGGAAACAGAAGUAGCAGGGAUUCCCCGUUACACAUGUUCACGGUGCUCCAGGUCGAUCCUCGAGAAUGAAAGAGAGGAACAUGAAGAUUGGCAUUUCGCCAAAGACCUCGCAAGCCAGGAUCGCGAGGACGCCAGAGCUUCACAGCCACCCCCGCCGCCCACAACGAGCAGCGUACGAGGCUCCUUCAACCGCGGAAGGGGCGGCCGGGGUGGAGGUGGUCGUGGCAAACCAGAAAAAGGGCAGAUGCGACUGGCUUUCCAGUAG